UUCGAGUAUGCCCACAAGGCGGCUUCACUGGGACUCUUGUACCUUGCUAACAAGGGCCUUUACCGUGCAUGCGCCUCUGCUUCCAUCAAAUUCCCCAGCCCGCUCAUAGGCAUGUUCAUCAUCAUUGCAACACUGCUGGCGCUCCAGGAGGCAUCCCAGAAGACAGCAGACAGGGUGCAGGCAUUUUUCAACCCUGCCCUGAACUGGAUCCAGCGCUGGCUGCCCCUCUUCUAUGUGCCCACCCUGGUCGUGCUGCCUGUCGCUGUCCAGGGCAUCCAAGGGGCUGACUUGGCAAAGAUAAUGGCCAUCAUUGGCGUGGGCAUGCCGGCGUCACUCUUAGUCACCGCAUGGGUGGCCGUGGCGAUCCGUAACGCCGUACGGACCGAGAUGGAGGAGCAGCCCACACCCAAGCGCCUCCCCUCCUUCAACAAGUACCACUAUGCCGGCUGGGGCGGCGUGCUGGCGCUGGGGCUGGCGGUGGCCGUGGCGUCCCCCGGCGGCUGGGCCCCCCAGCUGGCGGUCCCCUACAUGACGGCGGCCACCGUCAUGGGUUACCUCAUCGGCGUCGCGCUGCCGGAAGGGCUGCAGCGCGUCGCGCACCCGCUCAUCACCUGCGCGGUGUUAGCCAAUGUGGGAGCGGCCGUAUGGGGUGCGCUCACUGGCGUCGGCUACUUCCCAACCUUGCGUGCCUACAUUGCCAAAGGGAGCGGUGCAAUGGGUGCGGGCGACCUGCUGAUGAGCUUCCUGGGAGUCGUGAUUCUGUCCUUCGGCUUCAAGAUCUUCGGCCAGCGCCGCCUCAUGCGCCGCCACGCGCCGGAGAUCUUUGGCGCCACAGUCCUCUCCGCAGCCUUCUCGCUUUUCGCCACCGCCAUCGCCGCCAAAGCCAUCGGCCUCGCGCCAGAUCUGGCGAGGGCGCUGGUUCCCCGCAGCAUAACAGUGGCGCUUGCACUACCGAUAGCCACGCAGCUGGGUGCGCCGGCACCGAUAGUGGCGGCCGGCGUCUGCCUGACGGGCCUGCUGGGCGCCAAUUUCGCGCAAUCGCUUCUGAACCGCUUCGGCUUCUCGGACCCCAUCGCGCGCGGAUUGGCGACCGCCGGCUCCGCGCACGGCCUCGGCACCGCCGCCCUCGCCCGCAAUGAGCCGGAGGCGCUACCCUUCUGCGCGCUGGCGUAUGCACUCAUCGGCAUCAUCUCCACUGUGCUGGUCGCACUGCCGCCCGUUGCCAGAGCACUUCUGGCCAUUACUGCCUAG